GUAAUAGAAAUACUGGAACUGUUGGAGCUGAUUGUAGCACAGAUUCAGACUGCAUUAGCAGAAUUUGUCAAGGUGAAUUAUUUAUAUGUGAAAACCAAGAUUUUCGUGGCAUUAGAGUAUCUUGUUUAAGUGAUUCUGCAUGUAGAUCUCUGAUUUGCCGCAAUAAAGAUACUUGCCAGAAUAGUGAUAAUUGUUCUCUUGGUUCUUCCUGCAUAAUUGAUUCUGCAUGUGAUCUUGGUAUUAGUAAUACUAAUGGAC